AUGGCACGUUCCAGAUCAAGGUCGAGGGAUCGGAGCAGUCGAAAAGAGAGUAAGAGCAAAAAGAAGGACCGAGAUAGGUCGAGAGAACGUGAAAGAAAGCGAAGUAGAAGUAGAUCUCCUAGGCGGGAUCGAUCAAGAGAACGACGAAGGGAAAGAGAACGUUCGAGAGAAAGAGAUCGAGAUAGAGAACGGGAUCGGGAUAGAGAAAGAGCUAGAGAUGAUCGAAAGAAAGAGCCAAAAGUGGCGACUUUUGAAGUUGAAGAAACAAAUAAUGAUGUUGAUGAUAUUGUUGGAAUGAAAAGUAUGGAUUUAGAUAAACUUAUGGAUGCAAGAAGAAGAAAUGUUGAAUUAUGGAGAGCAAAAAGAAAAAAGGAUGAGUUGGAUCAACAAUAUGAAGAGAAAGAACAGAAGAAAAAGACAUGGAAUUUAGAAGAUGAAGAUGAUGAUGAUCUCGAUCUUCCAGCUGAAACAAAUGGAAAUGGUACAACUGAAACUUUAAAUGCUCCUCCGCCAAAAAUUGAGACAAAAAUGGAAGUUGAAGACGAUGAUGAGGAAGAUCCUUUAGAUGCAUUUAUGGCUGGAUUAUCUAAAAAAUCGAAGGAAAAAUCGCGAGGAAUUGUAACAAUUAUAGAAGAACCAAAAGAAAAAGAUAUCCAAGAAAAAGGAGUUGUUCUAGAAAAUGAAGAUAAUACUGAUAUUGUUAUCGAUGAUUUUGAUAUUGAAACUGCAGCUGCUUCACUUUGUCAUAAAGGAAGAAUGUUAGCAGCGACUGAUCAUAAUAAAAUCUAUUAUCGAAAGUUUAGAAAGAACUUUUAUAUUGAGACAGAAGAGAUUAAAAAUAUGACAAAAGCUGAGGUGAAAGCAUAUCGCGAAGAAUUGGAUAGUAUUACUGUAAAAGGAGUCGAUUGUCCGAAACCAAUUCGAACUUGGGCACAAUGUGGAUUGAAUUUGAAAAUGAUGAAUGUUUUGAAAAAGUAUGCAUUUUUUCUUGAUUUAAAAUUGAAUAUUUUAUUAUUUCAGACAUUCCUAUAUAAAACCAACAUCAAUUCAAGCACAAGCAAUUCCAUGUAUUAUGUCUGGUCGAGAUGUUAUUGGAAUCGCAAAAACUGGAAGUGGAAAAACAUUAGCAUUUCUACUCCCGAUGUUUAGACAUAUUUUAGAUCAACCAGAAUUGGAAGAAGGCGAUGGUCCGAUUGCAGUUGUAAUGGCACCAACGAGAGAAUUGGCAAUGCAAACAUGGAAAGAGGCUAACAAAUUUGCAAAGGUAUAAAUUAUUGAAAUUCAUGGAUUCACAAUUGUAAUUUUCGAAUUAUACUUGAGUUUUCAGACCACGUUGUGAAGUAUUAGAAAAUACUUUUUUCCAGCAAACUAAUAUUUUUGCAGGUUUUGGGUCUUCGAGUAGUUUGUGUUUACGGAGGUGUUGGAAUUUCAGAACAAAUUGCCGAUUUGAAAAGAGGAGCUGAAAUCAUUGUGUGCACGCCUGGAAGAAUGAUUGAUAUGUUGGCAGCUAAUAGUGGUAAGUUUCAAAUAACAGGGAUUUUUUUUUGAAACAGUAAAUCUAGAUUUAGUAAGCCCCUUACUUUUUAAUUUCCCACCUAUCUCUAAAAUCAAAUUUAAAAUUUUUUAAGGAAAAGUUACAAAUCUGCGACGUGUCACUUAUUUGGUUCUUGAUGAAGCUGAUCGAAUGUUCGAUAUGGGUUUCGAACCGCAAGUUAUGAAAGUCGUCAAUAAUAUUCGACCCGACAAACAAACCAUUUUAUUCUCCGCAACUUUUCCGAAACAAAUGGAAGCUUUGGCGAGAAAGAUUCUGGAUAAACCAGUUGAGAUUUUAGUCGGCGGGAAAAGUGUUGUUUGUUCGGAUGUUACUCAAAAUGCCACAAUUCUUAGUGAACAUCAGAAAUUGUUGAAACUUUUGGAAUUACUUGGAAUUUACUAUGAGCAAGGUUCGGCAAUCAUUUUUGUUGAUAAACAAGAAAAGGCUGAUGAAAUUGUUGAUAGUUUGAUUAAAACUGGAUAUACAUCUGUGGCUCCGUUGCAUGGUGGAAUUGAUCAAUUUGAUAGAGAUGCUACAAUUACUGAUUUCAAAACUGGAGUUAUCAGAGUUUUAGUAAGUCGAUAAUUUUUCAUUUUCCCACUUCAAUUCAAUUUUUGUUUAAUUUCAGGUCGCAACCUCUGUCGCUGCUCGUGGACUUGAUGUCAAAAAUCUGAUUCUUGUUGUCAAUUACGAUUGUCCAAAUCAUUAUGAAGAUUAUGUUCAUCGAGUUGGAAGAACUGGAAGAGCUGGGAGAAAAGGUUAUGCUUACACAUUCAUUCUACCAGAACACCAAGAAAAAAUGGCCGGUGAAGUUUGUCGAGCUUUUGAAACUGCUGGAUGUAAAGCACCGCCUGAAUUGAAAGCAAUGUUUGAAAGAUUUAAAAAGGAAAUGGAAGCUGAAGGAAAAGAAGUGAAAUUAGGUGGAAAAGGAUUUUCUGGAAGUGGAUAUAAAUAUGAUGAAGAUGAAGCUGAAGCGGAUGCGAAUAAGAAGAAAUUGGCUAGAUUGGUGAGAUAUUUUGAAUAACUUUGAAGAUUGAUUUCACAAAAAAAUUUGAAGGUUAAAUUCUAUCCAAAACUAUAUUCUCAUUGAAAUCAGUUAAUUUUUGCAUUUAAAAAAACUUAUACAAAAAUUGGACGUCUCUGAAAAAAUUAGUUCACAAUUUUUUUUACAAAAAUUUCAAAGUUCAAAUUUUUCUAGGUGCACGGCAUGGAAAACGGAGGUGACGAUGAUGAUGAUCUCGAUGAACAACUCAAUAAUAUGAUAAAAACAAAACGGCGAACUGUAACUGGAAAAAUGAUGGGAGGACAAAAUGCAGAAGGAAAGAGAAUGAGCGAAAAAACGGCGGAUAAAAUAGCAUUGGCCAAAGAACGUGCUGAACAAUUGCAAUCGAAGUUGAUGACUGCUAAAAUUGUGGCUGUUGAAAAAGAUAAUGCACAAAAAACGGCUGAAGCUGUUAUGAGAGUAAGUUCGGGAAUUUUUCGGGGACAAAUAGGAGUUCGAAAAAAGAAAUGAUGAAAGUUUUCACUAAGCAAUUCUUUAAAAAAUUUGAGCAAAGAAAACACAAAUAUCAAAAAAACUUUGUAUUUUUUCUAAACCUGAAAGAUUGCGACAAAAAUAAUUGUUGAGAAUUUUCAGCCGAUAAAAAAACAAAUUCUUGAUUUUCUCAACAAAAAAUCGAUUGUUUCCAGGGUGGCGAAAUCGCUCCGGCUGAAGUCUCAAAAGCAAUGAUCGCCAAACAAAUGGCAGACAAAUUGAAUGAAAAACUGAAUUAUGUUGGAGACCAAGUUGCGCCGGUUAAAGAAAAAGAAGAGGAAUGGGAAUAUUUUGAGGAAGAAUGGGAUAUUAAUGAUUUCCCGCAACAAGUUCGAUAUAAAAUUUGCAGUCGGGUGAGUCCUUUUCUCAUUUUUUUUUUUGAAUUUUAUAUAUCAUUUCUAUUGAUGUUUUUAGGAAUCUGUUGGACACAUUGCGGAAUUCGCGGAUGUUGGAAUAAGUGUACGUGGAAAACAUAUUCCAAAUGGGCAGAAAAUCAAAGGAGAUGAUCGAAGACUUCAUCUUUUGAUUGAGGCAAGAUCGGAGAGAAAUUUGAAAGUUGCGAAAGAAGAAAUUGUUCGUAUUUUGAAAGAGGCUUUCAGACAAUUGGUGAGUUUUUUUUGGGGCGGAAAAUUGGAGAAGGGUUUAUAAAUUUUGGUACAAAUAUUUUUCGAGCUAUAAUUGCAUAGUUUGCUCGUGGAAAAAUUCGUAAAAUUUCCAACUAAUCAUGUGAAUUUUUCCAAAUACCCUAAUCGUUAUUUUUCCAGACUGCACAAAUUUCACGAGGAGGACCGCAAGCCAGAUACAAAGUUUGA